AUGUCCCUGUUCAAGAAAUUCUUCAAAAAUGUCAUCCGUAAAACAGACCCUGUUGAUGACACCAUUAAAGUGAAGGGUAAAACAAAACCCAAGUAUUAUGGGACAGUCGCCCCGUAUCCAAACUUCAAUGCCAGCAGUGAUGCCGCCACUCUUCAGAGCGCCAUUGAAAGUAAAAAUGUGGACGAGGAUGUGAUCAUAGCGAUCCUGGUGAAUAGAAGCAACGAGCAGAGACAGAAGAUUAAAGUCGUUUAUGAAGCCUCCGCUGGGAAGAGGCUGGAUAAAGCUCUGAAGUCUGUUCUCAGGUCAGAUUUAGAGGACGUAUCUCUGGCCCUGCUCAUGGACAAGGCUCACUAUGAUGCCCACCUGCUCAGGAAGGCCACAAAGGGUUUCGGCACACAUGAAGACAUCCUGGUGGAGAUUCUGGCUACAAGAUCAAACCAAGAGAUACGAGAGAUCAAGAGGGUCUUCAAAGAAGAGUACGAAACAGAGCUGGAGGAAGUUAUUCGGGAUGAAACCAGCAGUGACUUCACCACGGCCCUUCUGGCCAUGUUGAAAGCAAACAAAGAUGAGAGCGGGGAAAUCGACACAAAUCUAGCCCAAAAGGACGCAAAGAUUCUGUUUGAGGCAGGUGAGAAUACCGAAGGAGCCAAUGUUGCUGCUUUCAUCGACAUCCUGACCAUGCGGAGCGGGCCGCAGCUCUCAAAGACAUUCCAGCACUACGCCACCGUCAGUGACACCACAUUGCCUAAAGCCCUGAAAAUGGAGCUGAAGGGAGACAUUGAGGACUGUCUCAUUGACAUUGUGAAAUGUUCCUGGAACACAGCCGCUUUCUUCGCAGAGAAGCUCAAUCAGGCUAUGAAGGGCCACGGGACACGUGAUGAGACACUGAUCAGGGUGCUGGUGAGCCGCUCAGAGGUUGACCUGAAGAAGAUUGUGGCGGAAUACAGGGCCAUGUAUGAUAGUAGCGUACAGGAGGACAUACUGAAGGACACCAGCGGUCAUUAUGAGGCCAUCCUGCUUGGACUGUGUGGACCUCACUGA